CAUGGGCCACCUCUUCCGCCCCCUCGUCGCUGAUCUCCUCUCCCUUCCGAUGCCGACCAUCGCCGCCGUCACCGGCCACGCCGCCGCCGCCGGCUUCAUGCUCGCGAUAUGCCACGACUAUGUGGAGAUGAGAGCAGACAGAGGUUUCAUUUACAUGAGCGAGAUUGAUGUCGGUAUUCCUUUUGCUCCGUAUACUAUGGCGUUGUUGAGAUCCAAGAUUCCCUAUCGAAAAGUUUUCCGCGAGAUCGUGCUCGAGGGGAAGAAGAUCGGCGCGACGGAAGCGGUGGCGAAGGGGAUUAUCGAUCGGGCUCACGGCAGCGCGAAGGAGGCGCUGGAGGCGGCUGUGCGGCGGGCGGAGGAGCUCGCGGCGAGGAAUUGGAUCGGUGAGAUUUACUGCUCGAUUCGGAAGGGGUCGUUGCCGGAGAUUUGUUCUGCGUUAGGAUUUCCGCCCGAGACUGAUGAAGAUAGGGUAAAACUGCUGUUUUUAUCGAAUUCAAAGUCUAAGAUAUAGAGAAGAGGAAAAAUAAUAAAAUAAUAGAUUGAUGAGUUGCUGCGGCUUUGUAAGCUCCUCGUGAUCAUUCUGAAAUAUAUCAUUCUAUUAGUAUUUAGUAACACUUUGUUAGUCUUGAAGAUUGAGUCUCAUUACUAUCAAUGAAGAAUUUUCAAGGAUAUUUCUCCCAA